AUGAGCACCGCGAGUAUGAAGAAACGCAAGCAUGAAGGCGAGCCAUCAGGCAAGCCCAGGAAGAAGGUUGUGGUAGAGGGACCUGCACCAACAGCCAAGAUCUCCGUCGUCGUCCAUCCACAGUCCUGCCCCCCCGUGAUAGCCACGGCGCCGGGACUCGAGAUUCCGACGGACCUCGUUUUCCACUCGUACCAGUCGAAAGUCGAAUCCAGAUCCAAGUCGAAGAAAAACAAGCAUGCAGGCGGCAAGGAGCUUUUACUGCACUCCACGGGGCACAGAAGCCUAGAUUUCACGGCACGGGAAGUCGAUCCGAGGGGUUCGAAGCCUGCGUUGAAUCACUUCUUGGGAAUCUACGACCCAAAAACGGGCAAGCUCGAGUUGAUCGAGGCCAAGAAAAUGGUGAUUCGCGGCCAGGUUCGGGCAAAACAAUCAAAGAGCUCAUCCAACGAAGAAGGCGAAUCCAAGCACACUCACGCAGAGCGCAAAACAGAGCUCGGACAGACGUUCGGAACGAAGAAGGCCAAAAAGGCGAUCCGCGAAAACGUGCUCAACGCAAUCGCGCCCCAGAAAGCCGCGGGAGACGACUCGCCGACGAAGAUGGACAACGCCGCUCGCGCGAUGCUCGAGUCGGUCGGCUCCAUCACAUCCAAGAUGGCCACUCGGGAGGAGCUACAGUCUGUGGUGGAUGAGGCGAAGCCGGUGCCCAGGGCCGACCUCGAGGCUACGGAGAUACAAGACGUCUACGACCCGGACGCGAUCAUCGGAGCCGACAUUCUGAACCUCGUUCCCGUUCGCGAAUGGCAGGAAAAGGUUCAACACAAGGAGGGCAUCCAGACUCCAUCCCGAUUCAUUGCGGCACGAGUCAACUCGAUUGCGGGCAACGACGAUGCCAUGACUCGGCUACGCAUUCUACGGUAUUUCGGCUUCGUCCUGAGCUUGUACCUCUGCACCAAGCCGGGGAAGCAAAGGGGCACGAGACAACUCCCGCCGCGGGAGAAACUGCGAGAGCUGCUGGCGCCCGCGCCGGAAGCGGUGAUUGAGAACAUCCGGCGCAAGUUUUCGGACGCGGGGACGAUGAGGAAGUUUCACAUCGAUCUGCUCAUGACGCACUGCUGCGUUUUCGCAUGCAUCAUCGACAACUUUGAGGUGGACACGCAGAACCUGCGAGAUGACCUUCGGAUUGACCAAAAGACGAUGAACCAAUACUUUCACGAAAUUGGCGCCAGGGUGAAGCAGGUGAAGGUGGCGGCCGAGGGGCGGACGGCGAACAUUGCCAGGCUGAUUCUGCCACUGGACUUUCCCAAGCAGAGGACGAUCGUCCCGCGCCGGAAGUAA